AUGAAACGCAAACAGGCAACACUUGAAUCCAUUUGGAUCAAGAAACCAAAAACUAAUGAACCAACUGAAAAUGAGUCUGUUGCUGCUUUCAGCUCUCCGGUACCUCUGGCACCCUCAGUAACAUCCACCAAUGACAUUAGUGUGUACGCUAGACAACAUGGUAAAUUGACUGAUGAGGAACGUGACACUCUUCUCUCUACGGACUGGAAACCAUCAGAGAAACACAUGUACAAAAAGACACAAUUCGGCAAAACAAGUCGGACAUUCCAGUCAUCCUGGCUCCAGAAAUAUCCAGGACUUGUGUACAGUGUCGAAGAAGAUGGAGCGUAUUGCUUUAUGAGUGUGAGAACAAACAACGCUCCCGUAAAUAAGCAGGUCGAUGCAGCUCUGCAGGCCAGACGGAAGAAGAAUGCUGUGGUUCUUGAGUCUAUCACCAAGACAGUGUUGUUAUGUGCGCGCCAGAACAUAGCCCUCCGUGGGCAUUCUGACAGUUCAAAAUAUUAUGAUGAUGAAUCAGUGAAUUGUGGUAAUUUCCAAUCACUUAUAGAGUUUCGUGUUGAGUCAGGUGAUUCUGUUCUCAAGGAACACUUUGCUACUUGUGGGAAGAAUGCUACCUAUCGCAGUCCUACAAUUCAGAAUGAACUUCUUGACAUUAUGGGACAGACAGUUGAACGCAAGGUAGUGAAUGAAAUAAAAACUGGUGGUAAAUUCUACUGUGUGUCUGCCGAUGAGGUACGUGACAUCGGUAACGUGGAACAGCUAGCCGUGUGUGUCAGGUUUAUAGACGAGUCUGACAAGAUCCGAGAAGAGUUUCUCCGGUUUGUAGAUGUCAGUCCAGAUACCAGUGGCGAGGCUCUCUCCCAAGCUAUCCUCGACGUGCUAACAGACGUUGGUCUAGACCCUUCCAUGAUGCGGUCACAGUGCUACGAUGGUGCUGGUAACAUGACGGGUAAGACAAAAGGUGUAGGUCCAAGAAUCCAGCAUCAGUACCCCAGAGCUCUUCCGUUUUGGUGCACGGCUCACAAGUUGAACCGCUGUGUAGUUCAUGCUUCCAACAGCACACUUGUACGAAACAUGAUGGGAACAGUUGACAGGAUUGCUGUGUUCUUCAACUACUCGCCGAGACGACAGACCUGUCUUGCUGAAUGUCGGGCUGCCAUGGAAGUCACCGAGUCCAAGCGCCAGAAGAUAAAGUCUCUCUGCCGUACACGCUGGGUAGAACGACACGACGCCCUUGAGGUCUUUAUCGACUUUCUACCCGCCAUGGUUGAAGCAAUGUCUCAGUUAAUGGAGAAUGAAACCAAGUCUACAACAUCUGCUGAAAUCUCUGGGUUUUUGAUGGCGAUUACUGGUUUCCAGUUUAUCGCUGUCCUGGUGAUUGUGACCCGCUGUCUCAGCUAUAUAAAACCCUUCACUGUUGCUCUUCAAGGUCGUUCGGUUGAUGUGGUCAAGGCCAUGUCUCAGGUUAGUGUGGUGCAGCAAGCUCUCCAAGAGGUCCGUGACAACAUCGACACCUACCAUAACACCUGGUUCCAAGAAGUUUCAACUAUCGCUGACAAUCUUGGUGUUCAGCCAUCUCAACCCAGACUGUGUGGUCGUCAGACUAAGCGUGACAACAUCGAAGCAGCAACACCCGAAUUGUACUACAAAAGAAACCUAACGAUUCCCUUUGUUGACACUUUUGUGAAUGAAAUGGACACCCGAUUCAGUGAUUUGCAGACUAAGGCAGCCAUGGGAUUGAAGCUUAUACCGGAACAAAUGUGCGCCUCUCCUGUCAGUGCUAGUGACCUUGAAUGGUUCAUUGAUGAUCUCCCUUCCCCUCAGUCCCUGCCUGCUGAGUUGCACUUGUGGCAGGCUAGAUGGAAAGGUGUUACCAACCCACCUACUACCCUUCAGGGGGCUGUUGAACAGUGUGAUUCACAGCUGUACCCCAACAUUUACACGGUCUUGUCUAUCGAAUGUGUGUUCCCUGUCACAUCAUGUGAGUGUGAAAGAAGUAUCAGUGCCCUAGGACUUGUAAAGACAAAACUGAGAACUUCAAUGGGUCAGGACAGGUUGUCCGCUUUGUGCCUUCUUUCUGUUCAUAGGGACAUUGACAUUAACAUUUGCAAUGUUGUCCGAGAGUUUGCACGGAAGCAUCCUAGGCGGAUGGAUCUUCCUGACAUCCUGUCUGAGCUGUAGACAUUUGUUGAAUAGUGGUAUAAUCACUUCAGCAUUAGCAUUGUAUUAUUUUGCUGUUAUAAUGAUAUUUUAUUCUUCAUUCAUCAUUGUUGUAUUUGUUGCUUUUAUUAUGUGCAAUUUGCUGAUCAGUUCCCUUUAAAUCUGAUUUGAGGUGAUAAUUUCCUUUAAGCCCUUUUUAUUUUAUGGCCCUUUUUUACACCUUUUCUUUUUAUGGUAGGUUAGGCCCCUUCCUUGGGUCAAGAUCAGCAAUCUUUUACACAGCUUUUAAUUGUGAAUGUAUAGUACUGAUAUUAUAUUUCUGCUUACAUUAUAAUAAUGUGCUAUAAAAAUACUGCUUUGGUUAUGCUUUUAGUGUGUUUUAUUAUUAUAGUAUUACUUAUGUAUGCCAUGUAUUUAUGAUGUGUUGAAAUUUGCUACUGUUUGAUUAUAGGUCGGUCAAGAGCUUUACAUAGCUUAUGUUAUAUCAUGUUAUUUCAUACCGACAAUAAAUAAAUUUUGAUUUGAUUUGUAAGAUUUUCUUGUAUUGUUUUUGUUACAAAAUGACAUAACAUUUGAUAGAACUUGAAAUAAAGAGUGUUGCUUAAAAUGUUAUUUUUAUAAUUUGUAAAAAAAACAUCCAACAGGGUGACCUAGUAGGAUAUCCAACAAGGUGAAAAGGAGGUCCACAUCUAACACUGUUAGA